AUGGAUGCAGAUCCUUGCAGAGGAUCCUUUGAAGAAGAUAGAAUUUCUCUACAUACUAUGAUCAUUUUCAGCGAGAUGAUCCCUCAUGCUGCUGAGCUUAUGAUAAAUCCUUUUGGAAAUUACUUGAUGCAGAAGAUAUUAGAUGUUUGCAAUGAAGAACAUAAAACAAUGAUCAUACUCGUUGUUACUCAAGAACCAGGUCUGCUUGUCUGGAUCUCACUCAACGCUUACAGUACUCGACUUGUACAUAAGUUAGUAGAAACAAUCAAAACCAUGAAGCAGAUUUUUCUGGUAAAGCCAGCUUUGAGACAUGGUUUUCUUAACCUAGUUAGGGAUGUGAAUGGUAAUCAUGUAAUUCAGCGUUGCUUGCACUGCCUUAGUACACAAGAUAACAAGUUCAUCAAUGAAGAUGCUACAUUGAUAUGGCUACACAUCAAGAUGGAUGCUGCGUGUUACCAAAAUGUAUUUCUUAUUCCACUGGACAACAACGAGAGAAGCUCAUAG